AUGGACAUCCAGACACUCACUCCCAACCUUGGAAAUCAGGGCAACCAUCACCAUCCAGCAGGAUUGACUUCCUGUACAAACACCGUGUCUGAUCGAGGCGCUGGUCGCUCACCAUCUGGGUCUGAAAUCUCCCGAGAACUGUGUCGUGUCGGUAGAUAUAGCGAGUUCGAUCCUCGCCCCGCUGGGGGUCCCCGCGUCGAUAAUGAUACAUAUGUGAACGAUCUCUUAUCGUGUCAUGACAACCGUUUACUCCAUGAAGAGAAUGCGGUCAACGACAUUCCUGACUGCUGGGCAGCCUCCCUUCCGGCUGAAUUCAUGAAGACACCAUAUUGGCUGACUAACCAAGCAGUAGACGUGAUUGACAGGGACAGUUACAACCUGCUUUGCGAGGAGUUCAUGAAGAUCUUUGAAGAAGAAGAGAAACAACAGCAGGUGCAUCAGAGUGGCAUGCAAUAUUCAUCCAUUAUGAAGAAGGGCUGGGAAAUGGGCACGAUUUGCCAUAUCCAGCCGUAUAAUUACUCGGAAAAGCAUGCUGACGACGGGAACUUCUAUGCCAUCACGUGUCUGUAUUGGUCGCGCAACACGCCCGCCAUCAUCAAAAAGAAGGUGGACGAAAAGAAGGCCUAUGAUGAGAAGCUUCGACAGGCGUUUGCAGAAGCAGAAUCCUGA